GCCAUUUUUUUUACCCUAGUGCACUGGUAACUAUCUAAUAAAAAAUAAUAAUUUUUGUAUCAAAAACACAAGAAUUAAAAAUAAAAAUCUUUUUUUUUGGUAAUUUUACAUAAACAAAAGUAACAGUACUUUUUAUUUUCGAUUCUUUAUUUAUUCAAAAAAAAAAAAUUAAAAAAAAGAUAAAAAAAAAUAUAUUUUUUUUCUGGCAUCAGUGUCGUGUAUUCUAUCAUCCCUGAGUCGGGCGUUGUUGACCAACACAACACCCUGUAUAAGUAAUCUCGGGUGUAAUUCAAGUGUUUUGUUAUUGUUUCAGCAGUCUCAACCGCAACCCGUAAAUGAAAAUUUGAUAACACUAGAAGACCCAUUUCUACACUCAGAAUUUCAAACAUCGCAAAACACCAUUAUUAUUAAUCAUACUCCUUCAACUAUUUCUACUACUGUUCAACCAAUUUCUCCAAAUAAUAGUAUGCCAAUAUCAACUGAAAAUAAUGUUGUACCAGUAAUUAAUGGAGAAACCCCACUUGUGACUGAAAAUAACGAAAAUAAUGCUGUUCCACCACCUGGGCAGGAUACGACUAAUGAGAUCACUAUAUAUGAAGUUCUAGCUACAAUCUUGCAUAAAUUCGAACAGAUUCAAGAAGAUAUUAAGACACUAUCUGGUGAAUUUAAAAUUAUUACUGAGAAUCAGCAAGCUCUUUUUCAAAAUCAAAAUAAUAUGCUACUGAAAUUUGCAGAAAGCCAAACGCAAUUUGAAGAAUUUGUACACAAGUCUUAUGCCUCAACGGAAAAUACCAAAAAACAUGACGUAAAGCCUAUUAGUAACAAGAAAGACUUACAAGAAUUAGAACUUCUCUUAGCUGAUCCUGAUUUUAAAGCAAAGUUUAGAAACACUUUAGAAGUCGGAUGUAGCAAGGGUAAAAAAAGAGGAACAACUAAUGCAUAUGCCGUUAUUGAUAUUCUAUUUCAAAGAAGCUUUUUGUGUGAAUGUUCUUGGACUGGUGGAUCCAGAACAGAGGGGUCGAAGACUUGUCUUAAAAGUUUUACAAACAUUUUCGAUUUAUUUUUCUCAGUUCUUCACGAAUCAGACCCUGAUUUUAUUUUGUUAAUUGAUUUGUUAAUUGUUUCUGUGUGUGACUAG